AUGUCCUCGGCCAUCGCCUGGCCCCCUGUUUCGCCUCAUGCUGCGCUCAUGAGCUCUCCGAGCGGACGCAAGAAGUACGAAGCCUACCAGAAUGACACAUUCCCCACGAAGCGAUCGGCAACGACUCCUAGUCUGGUCGAGAGGCUGCGAGCUGCCCGCACAAACAAGGACUUUACAACCAAGGGCGAACGCACUGAGGAGGAAGAGGAAGAAGAAGACGAAGAGACAUUACAACUCCAAUUGGCUGUAGUCGAAGCGAAGUUGAAAUUGAAGAAGUUGCAGCAGAAUAAGGCCAGAGCUGCAACUCCAGCUGGAGAUUCGUCCCGGCCAGCGUCUGCCCACGCACCGUCCAGUUCUCAGGUUGAGGUGAAAGCCUCCCCCAGUAAACGAAGACAGGCACUAGUAUCAAAAUCACCAACUAGAGUUCUACUAGGAAUUGACAAAGGUGUUCGAGGCGCGGAUGUAUCGCUACGCAGAGCUAACACUACAACCGGGAGUCAUCGAUCAACCAAAACGAACAGUUCGCUUCCCAGCAGUGACAGACCAUCCUCUCGAUGUUCAGCAUUCAACUCGGCACGGUCAUCUGCUUCGUCCAGGUCUACCGUGAGGAGCGAGUCUAGGAAGACAUUCAGCGAGCGAAUGACAGAGGCCCGCCAACGUGAAACAAGCCGUGAACGACGUCGGGCCACAACAAUUCAACACCGCAGCAAAGGGUUCGCCCUCGACCAGACAGAAAUAGAGCAGUAUAGAUCAGCGGCAGAGGAAUCUAACAGUCAUCAACCAUCACAAUCACCUACCCGACAAUAUUUCGAGUACAGUCGCGAUGAAGUCCUCCACGCCACGUUGGAAGCUAAUAUGGGCAGUCGGCAACUUAAGAAGAGUCGAACUAUGCCCAAUCUCAAAACAUCACCAUCCAGGCAUAGUACAAAUCCAGAAACCCAACCGGGAAGCGCGGUAUUAUUCGAGGGUUUCUCUGGGCUACACCUCUCUUCACGAAUUUUGCCACAUUCGUUCCUCAAACGCACCCUUCCUUCCGAACAGUUUACCAUCUUGCGCAUCCCGGACCUCCUUAAAGUCGUCAAAUCUCCCGCAUAUGAACUCCCAGAGUCUGUGUGCGACUAUGCCGUUUUUGCUGUCAUUGCUUCCAAAUCUUCACCUAUGGACCAUAAGACAAUCAACCCUGAUAAUGGCACAGUCAGAAGCAACGAUUGGGAACGCCAAUGGGAAGACGGUUCCCGCAAUCACCGGCGCUUUAUGGCUCUGACCCUCACAGACCUAACGUGGACCAUCGAUCUGUACCUCUUCAGCACAGCCCUCCCUCGCUACCACCGCCUCACACCUGGCACCGUCGUCGCAAUCCUCAACCCGGGCAUUCUGCCUCCAAAACCAGGGAAAGCCGAUACCGGCGCAUUCUCUCUGUCCCUUUCCGAUGAUUCCGACAUAGUUCUCGAAAUUGGCACAGCUCGAGACUUGGGAUAUUGCAAAACUCUGAAAAAGGACGGGAAGGAAUGUGGAAGUUGGGUCAACGCCGCGAAAACAGACAUUUGCGAAUGGCAUCUGAACGCGGAGAUUAAUAGGACUAAAGCCAAACGAAUGGGUGUCAACACCGGCACGAAUGGCUUUGGGGAGUGGAAAAGUCGUCCAAAGACGCGGGAUGAAGACGGCGGAAACAGAGGCUUGCUCUCGCGGGAUGGACGACGAUAUGACAGGGCGACCGAGAGCCAUUAUUACAUCGCCAGCACUGGGCCCAAAGGUAGCGGACAUGUUCGACGGGCAGGCGCUGGCCCACAUCUUCUGGACAGCGACGAUCCAUUUCUGCCCGGUCAAGACGGUCAGCUCUCCCGCCCCAGCGACCGCGACGCCCGUCUGAGGAAACAUCUCGCCGCACUGGCAAAAGAGCGCGAGAUCGCGCAGAGACUCGGCUCGAGAGAGCACGGCGGCUUGGGUUUUGAGAGUACCGGGGCUGAGUACAUGCGGCAGAAGACGAAGGCGAGGACAAGGGAGGACGACCAGGCAAAAGUCAACCAGGAUGCAAGGACCCUAACUGUAGCAGCAGGCGCAGGCGAGACGCAAAGCCAGCGCUCUGGCCCUAUCUCCGGAAGCAUUCUCACCUGCACAAGCAGCACCAUCAAUGAGAGCAGAAAGCGCACCGCCGCAGAUGUGCGCCUGUCACCAAUAAAGAAAACGCGCUUCGUCACCGAGAAGGGUAUCAGAGAGGCAGGCAGAGAUUCUCUUGGGACCGCGGGUGGGCAAGGCCUUGGCGGUGGAGGUGAGAGCGAGAGCGAGGAUGAGUUGGAAAUUGUUUGA